UUUCACUCUCUCCCUUUCUUCUCUUCUCUUCUCUUCUCUCUCGCGCUCCACCGCCAUGCAGAUCUUCGUCAAGACUCUCACCGGCAAGACCAUCACCCUCGAGGUCGAGAGCAGCGACACCAUCGACAACGUCAAGGCCAAGAUCCAGGACAAGGAAGGUAUCCCUCCUGACCAGCAGAGGUUGAUUUUCGCUGGUAAGCAGCUGGAAGAUGGUCGCACUCUUGCUGAUUAUAACAUACAAAAGGAAUCAACACUUCAUUUGGUGUUGAGGCUCAGGGGAGGAACAAUGAUUAAAGUGAAGACUCUAACUGGAAAAGAAAUUGAAAUUGACAUUGAGCCAACUGAUACAAUUGACCGGAUCAAAGAAAGGGUAGAAGAAAAAGAAGGAAUUCCACCGGUGCAGCAAAGACUCAUAUAUGCCGGUAAGCAGCUUGCUGAUGACAAAACAGCUAAAGAGUACAACAUUGAGGGUGGUUCUGUACUUCACUUGGUGCUUGCAUUGAGGGGUGGUACUUGUUAAUUUAGAUGCUGCAUAUCAGAACCUAAAGACAUGAAAGGAAGCUCUAUACCUGUCCGUCUCUGAAGACAAGACUUCAUUGUUCAUUUAAGUGGUUGGUUUUUGUAAUUUUGAGGCUACUUUGGUGGUCAGUAACCAAGUAUCUUUAAGUUGUAUGCUAUUUUAAACCCUAAGUUGGCCUUUAUAAUGAAUAUCUGAACCAAAUGAUUUUUAACCAAACAGUUUAGGAACAUAAUUUGCUUUC